AUGAAAAACAGGUAAAGAACAAUCUGCAAUUCAAGAAGAAGAAAGAGGUGGUGAUAAUAAGUAAAAGUCUGUGGGUUAUUUUACCAAAGGAAACAGGUUUAUGAAAAUCUGUGAAAUCAGCAUUGAACUCUGUUACCUAAUCAUUGAGAUUUGUAAACUACAAAAGAAUCCUUCUCAAGUUUUCACCCAUAAAUUAAUACCAAGAUAAUUUCAGAUGUCCAGCAAAGAAGUGAAGACUGCUCUAAAAAGUGCAAGAGAUGCAAUUAGAAACAAAGAAUAUAAAGAAGCUUUGAAACAUUGCAAGACAGUCUUAAAACAAGAGAAAAAUAACUACAAUGCCUGGGUUUUUAUUGGUGUUGCUGCAGCAGAGCUAGAACAACCUGAUCAGGCCCAAGGUGCCUAUAAGAAAGCUGCUGAACUAGAACCAAACCAAUUACUAGCUUGGCAGGGUUUAGCAAGCUUGUAUGAGAAGUGUAAUCACAUAAAUGCUAAGGAUGACUUACCGGGUGUUUACCAAAAACUCCUGGAUCUUUAUGAAAGUGUUGACAAACAGAAGUGGUGUGAUGUCUGUAAGAAACUUGUGGAUCUCUAUUACCAAGAAAAGAAACACCUAGAGGUGGCUCGAACAUGGCACAGAUUGAUAAAGACACGGCAAGAAGAAGGUGCAGACAACCAGGAGCUUCAUCAGCUAUGGAGGAAAUUGACUCAGUUGCUGGCUGAGAGUAUGGAAGAUCAGAAUAAUGAAACCCAGCAAUUGCUUUUAACUGCAUUCGAGAAUGCCCUGGGCUUAUCAGAUAAGAUUCCUAGUGAAGAUCAUCAAGUACUGUAUAGGCAUUUCAUUCAGUGUUUAUCGAAAUUUCCUCAUGAGACUGCUAGGUUGAAGAAGGCUUGUGAAGGAAUGAUAAACAUCUAUCCCACCGUACAGUAUCCAUUAGAAGUGCUCUGUUUGCAUUUAAUUGAAUCAGGAAAUCUUACUGAUGAGGGACAUCAGUAUUGUUGUAAGCUAGUGGAAAUGAAUUCAAAAAGUGGUCCAGGCCUCAUUGGCUUAGGCAUUAGAGCAUUACAAGACAAAAAAUAUGAAGAUGCUGUUAGGAAUCUAACAGAAGGGCUAAAGGAAAGCCCUCUCUGCACAGCUGGAUGGUAUCAUCUCUCUGAAGUUCAAAUCAAAAUGCAUAGACCUAAGGAAGCUGUUCUUUCAUGCAAUCAAGCUCUGAAGAACCUAGAUAAUCAUGGUGUGUCUGGAGGCAGUCUUUAUCAGAAGAACCUUUGUCUUCGUUUGAAAGCAGAAGCUUUGAUUAAACUCUCAGAUUAUGAAUCUUCAGAGGAAGCAAUUUGUUCUCUCAAUCAGGUUUCUGAUGCAAAUAAUAUCCCAGGACUUUUGGUUCUCAAAAGCUUGGCUUAUCUGAACAAAGGCUUAUUAGAUGAAGCUACAAAGAUUAUGGAAGACCUUCUCUCUUCUUACCCUGACCUAGCUGAAGUUCAUGCCCUUGAGGCUUUGAUUCAUUUUACCAAAAAGGACUAUCUACAAGCAGAAAAAUGUUUUCAGAGAGCAUUUGAGAGAGAUGCUGAAGUUGCUGAAUAUCAUUACCAGCUUGGGUUAACAUAUUGGUUCAUGGGUGAAGAAACAAGAAAAGAUAAAACAAAGGCUCUUACCCACUUUCUGAAGGCUGCAAGACUGGAUCCAUACAUGGGCAAAGUUUUCUGCUAUUUAGGUCAUUAUUACAAAGAUGUAGUGGGAGAUAAAAACAGAGCUCAAGGAUGUUACAGGAAAGCUUUUGAAUUAGAUGACACUGAUGCUGAAUCUGGAGCUGCAGCAGUUGACUUAAGUGUGGAGCUUGAAGAUAUGGAAGCUGCCUUAGCUAUCCUAACAACAGUAACUCAGAGGGCAAGUGCUGGAACGGCAAAAUGGGCCUGGCUUCGGCGAGGACUAUACUAUUUGAAAGCUGGUCAACAUUCACAAGCAGUGGCUGAUUUACAGGCAGCAUUAAGGGCAGACCCAAAGGACUUCAAUUGUUGGGAGUCAUUAGGAGAGGCAUACUUAAGCAGAGGUGGCUAUACAACAGCCUUGAAGUCCUUCACAAAAGCCAGUGAGAUCAACCCAGAAUCCACAUACAGUGUGUUUAAGGUUGCAGCAAUACAACAAAUCCUAGGCAAGUACAAGGAAGCCAUAGCUCAAUACCAGCUGAUUAUUAAAAAGAAAGAAGAUUACGUACCUGCUUUGAAAGGUUUGGGCGAAUGCUAUCUCAUGAUGGCAAAAGCAGCUCUAGUUGAUUAUCUUGAUGGGAAAGCCGUAGACUACAUAGAAAAAUCCCUGGAAUAUUUUACUUGGGCCCUGCAGCAUCGAGCUGAUGUAUCCUGCCUUUGGAAGCUGGUUGGGGAUGCUUGUACCAGUCUGUAUGCGGUUUCAUCAUCUAAAGUGAAUGUUAAUAUUUUAGGGGUCCUUCUAGGCCAGAAAGAAGGAAAGCAAGCAUUAAAGAAAACUGAGCUCCUCCAUCUUGGAGGAAGGUGUUACGGUCGUGCAUUAAAACUGAUGUCUACAUCUAAUACAUGGUGUGAUCUUGGAAUUAAUUAUUAUCGCCAAGCACAACAUCUAGCAGAAAUGGGCAGCAGCAUGAAUGAUCUUAAAGAAUUGCUAGAGAAAUCUUUACAUUGUCUGAAAAAGGCAGUGAGACUCGACAGUAAUAAUCACUUAUACUGGAAUGCUCUUGGUGUAGUUGCAUGUUAUAGUGGUGUUGGAAAUUAUGCCCUUGCUCAGCACUGUUUCAUCAAAUCAAUCCAGUCAGAACAAAUUAAUGCUGUCGCGUGGACCAAUUUGGGAGUGUUAUACCUUGCAAAUGAAAACAUUGAGCAAGCUCAUGAAGCUUUCAAAAUGGCUCAGUCUCUUGAUCCAUCUUAUUUAAUGUGCUGGAUUGGACAAGCUCUUAUUGCAGAGACAGUUGGAAGUUAUGAUACCAUGGAUCUCUUCAGGCACACUACAGAACUCAAUAUGCAUACUGAGGGAGCAAUAGGUUAUGCAUACUGGGUCUGCACAACAUUGCAAGAUAAAAGCAACAGAGAAACAGAGCUAUACCAAUACAACAUCCUCCAGAUGAAUGCUAUUCCAGCAGCACAAGUUGUUUUGUGUAAAUAUGUGGAAAGAAUUCAGAAUUAUGCUCCAGCUUUCACAAUGUUGGGUUACUUAAAUGAACAUCUACAACUGAAAAAGGAAGCAGCAGAUGCGUACCAAAGGGCAAUGUUGUUGUUACAGACUGAAGAAGAUCAAGAUACUUAUAAUGUUACAGUAAGAAAUUAUGGCAGAUUGUUGAGUUCCAUUGGUGAAUACGACAAAUCUAUCCAGGCUUUUAAGUCAAUACCUCUCGAGGAGUUAGAAGACCUCAUAGGCUUUGCAUUGGCUUUAUUUAUGAAGGGGCUAUAUAAAGAGAGCAGCAAAGCAUAUGAAAGAGCCUUGUCUGUUGCUGAAUCAGAGCAAGACAAAGCCCAUAUCUUGACAGCUCUGGCAAUAACAGAAUAUAAACAAGGAAAAAUGGAUAUAGCCAAGUCACUGCUAUUCAAAUGCUCUAUUUUAAAGGAACCAACCAUAGAAAGCCUUCAAACCCUGUGUGCUCUAGGAUUGGUAAUGCAGGAUGCUACACUGUCUAAAGCAGCACUUAAUGAAUUACUGAAGCGUAUCAAACACAAAGACAGUGAUUAUCACAGGUGCCUUCUUACUUCAGCUAUUUAUGCACUCCAAGGCCGCAGUGUGGCAGUGCAACGGCAAGCGUCUAAAGCUGUUCACAGUAACCCAGCUGAUCCUGCUCUUUGGUCUCUAUUAUCCCGAGUUGUUGCUCAGUGUGCUCAACGAAAUGCAAAGGGGGGUGCUGUAGCAGGAAAUGUGGCUCAUAUUCUGGACUCAAAUCAUGGAAAGAAGGCAUUACUGUACACUGCAAUAAAUCAGUUGGCAAUGGGAAGCAGUUCAGCAGAAGAUGAAAAAAAUAUCGCACUAAAGACUAUACAGAAGGCAGCUCUCCUUUCUCCAGGUGACCCUGCUGUCUGGGCUGGACUGAUGGCAGCCUGUCAUGCUGAUGAUAAGCUGGCUCUAGUGAACAACACUCAGCCAAAGAGGAUGGAUUUAUACUUGGCACUGUUAUCUGCUGUUUCUGCUUCAAUUAAGGGCAAGGAAUUUCUUGAAAAUUAUAACCAAUCUCUUGAAAGGUGGUCUCUCUCACAAGCUGUCACUGGUCUGAUAGACACGGGAAGAGUAUCUGAAGCUGAAGCUCUCUGCACAAAGAAUUUAAAAAAUAACCCGGAUCAGCCAGCUAUUAUAUUACUUUUGAGACAAGUUCAGUGUAAAUCACUCCUGGAGUCACAAAAGCCACUCCCAGAUGCAGUACUUGAGGAACUUCAAAAAACAGUCAUGUCCAACUCAACUUCUGUUCCAGCUUGGCAGUGGUUGGCACAGGUGUAUCAAUCUCAAGGAAUGAUGGGUGCUGCAGAAAUGUGUUACAGAAAGAGUCUACAAGUAGCAUCCCAACAGGGAAGCUGGAGUGGGAAACUCUCAAGUCUAUUGAAACUAGCAUUGCUUGCCUUAGAAAUCUGUAUGGCUAAUGUUUCCAGUGAUCACUGGCCAUCCUUGGUUCAAGAGGCUACAACUGAGGCCUUGAAACUUUGUUUCUGCCCACUAGCUGUUUUUUUGCAAGCUUUGUUACAAUUCAACCGCAAAAUGGGGGCACGAGAGACUCGGCGACUUUUGGAGAGAGUGGUAUAUCAACCUGGAUAUCCAAAGUCUAUUGUAUCAGCUGCACGUUGGUACCUGCUAAGACACCUGUACUUCAAAAAUGACUAUGAGCUCAUUGAUGUGUUGGUAAAAAAUGCUGAAACUCACAGAGAUACAAGAGCAUUGGAACUGAAUCAGAAAUUGUCCUCACAGUAACAGUGGAUUGUCUUAUAGUGAGCAAACAAAGAAAAAGCUGUAAGAAUGAAGUUGUGAAUCAAGAGUUUUCCCCAGAGCAACAUAUUUUAAAACUAUAGUUGUAAUCAUCCAUUCUUAUUCCUUUUUUUAAGCUAAAGAAGUUAAAGCUCUUAAUUUAAGGAUGUAAUUUUCCAUUAACUCUUAAGAUGACUGUAACCAGAAAAUUAUUUUUGAUUUGGGAAGUCCAUAACAAAGGAAAACCAUGUUUCCCUUAUUUGCUCAACAGUUAUUUGUAAACCAUGAUUUUUUGUAUCUUGCAUGGUAUAUAAUGGGACAUCUUUUUUGAUAAUCCCUUACAAUAAAGCCUUUAUAGCCAUUUUAUAAAUAAUAUAAAGAGCAGAACUUUCAUUUGAUGAAAAAUAAAUUCUAAGAUUUAAUUUCUUCCAUGAAUUCUGGAGUUCAUAUACCAACUCAUCAUGAAAUCCAAAUAAUCCUGUAACCUGUUUUGCUAGAGUAUCAUCUCAGAGUCCCUUGAAUAUGCAUAAUAUAAAUGUUAGUCUUUGACUACUAUUGAUAUGUUUAUAUAAUUCAAAAUACUCAGGUGUGUGGCUUCAGUUAAAAACGAUGGAAAAUGUUGGAAAAUAGUGCUGACAGUAUUUAAUGAUCAUGCAGAUUCUUCAAUUUUGAUGAAAAGACUUAAUUUUCUGAAAUAAAGUCUUAUUUUCUCUAUA